GCGCGUCAUCAGGCUGCGACGGGAGAAAGCGAAAGGCAGGGGAAGCGGGGAAGCCACGUGCUGGGUCCUCUUCCUAUGCACCUCCCUCCCUGGAAAGCCACAACUAAUUUAUCAACUGCAAGAUUAUUGCAAUGAGCUUUAUUGAAUAUGGAGACACAAUCAAGGAAGGGGACACAGCCGUUGUCUUCUUGGGCCAUGAGUCCAUGUUUCCGGUGAAGGUUCAGAACGGUGGCAAAACGCAGACCAAGUAUGGUGUGAUAAGGCACUCCACGGACCUCAUAGGCAAACCGUAUGGCUCCAAGGUGACCUGCAGCAAAGGAGGAUGGGUCUAUAUUCUUCACCCAACCCCUGAGCUGUGGACUCUCAAUCUCCCCCAUCGGACGCAGAUCCUGUAUUCGACGGACAUCUCUCUCAUCACCAUGAUGCUGGAGCUGAAGCCAGGAUCUGUUGUGUGUGAAUCAGGUACUGGAAGUGGUUCCCUAUCGCAUGCAAUCAUCCGGACCAUUGCUCCAACAGGGCAUCUGUAUACAGUGGAGUUCCAUCAACAGAGAGCUGAGAAGGCCAUUGAGGAGUUUCGAGAACACAAGGUCGAUCAUUUGGUGACAGUGAAGAACCAAGAUGUCUGCAAAAAUGGGUUUGGCGUCAACGAUGUUGCUGAUGCCGUCUUCCUGGACAUCCCAUCACCAUGGGAAGCGAUAGGCCAUGCCAAAUCUGCACUAAAACAUGAAGGUGGACGCAUCUGUUCUUUCUCCCCCUGCAUCGAGCAAGUUCAAAGGACCUGCCUGGCUUUGGAGGAACACGGCUUUACUGAAAUUAAUACUUCGGAGAUCCUGCUCAGGGUGUACAACGUUCGGACAAUUAGCUUGCAAAUCCCUGACCUUGGAAAAGCAGCCGAGGAUAAUGCCAGCGCCACAGCGUUUGACAGAGGCAGCCCAUCUAAUCAAGAUGCGGCAAGUCCUCAGGCAGGGACCGUGCAAUUCAAAAGCAGUGUACCGCUCAGGGAAAUGGUGGGUCACACUGGCUAUUUGACCUUUGCUACCAAAAGUCUAUUUUAGUUACACACGGAGAGGAGAGCAGCCUUGUCCCGCCUCGCCCUCCUGACUGAGCAUCUCGGGCUUUUUUGCUCGCCGGGCAACUCCAUAUAUAGUCAGAUUGAGUAAGAUUAUGCUUUGUUUAAAUAGUACGUAGGAGCACUAACCAGAUCCACCUUAGCGGGACAUUGUCAUUCUGGAACACUGCUUGGCUGGCUGUCAGGUGGGGAGAUGGAUUAGCAACUAAUAGCUGUGGGCUGGAAUUUGCAAAGUAACAACCACUUGCUAAGGUUGGAGAAGGGGAUGGAGGCUUUGGGAGAUGUCAGCAAGGUCUCCUUGUCCUCUUUAUAGAUUCUGCCUUGAUUAUUCUCCUUUAAAACAGCCUGCCAUGGAAAAAAAAGUGUGUGUGUGUAUGUGUGUGUGUGUAUUUACUAAGCAGAAUGCUUACAAAUGGGAACAAUAGCUAUUUUUUUAAAGAAUUCACCAAAUGUCCAAUAAAGAAUUUGAAAGAA